AUGUCCAUCACCAUCAUAGGCGCCGGCAUCUCCUCCCUAAUCCUCAGUCGCUGUCUCCUCGCUCGCUCUGCUGCCACCUCCAACUCUCUCCCUCCUCUCCUCCUCCUAGAGAAGAGCACACAGGCGGCUUUUAGGAAGAGGAAUAAUUAUGCCAUUACGCUCCAUCGGAAGACUUACCGGCCUUUGCUUGAGAUUCUGGGGGUUGAGGAGGAGGGGUUUGUGGGGAGGGUUGGGGUUUUUGGGGAUGGGGAGGGAGAUGGUGGAAGGGGAGAUGGUGAGGAUGGGGAGUUGAGAGUCAACCGCCGCCUGUUCGAGAAUUUCCUCCUCGAGGGGGUGGACGUUCAAUUCGAGAGGGAGGUUGUGGAUAUUUCCACGUCUACCUCGAAGGAUGACGAUGCUAAAGAAGGUGCGAAUGGUGUGGUUGUGAAAUUAUCCACCGGCGAGGAGAUUAAGAGUCAAGUUGUGGUUGGUGGCGAUGGCGUGCACUCCAUCGUCCGCAAGACAUACGUAUCGCCUGAGACGGAGUUUGUUAUUCUGCCGUUUGUGGUGCUUAAUGGGAAGAGGAGGCUGUCCUUGAAAGAAUUCGAAGAGAUGGGGUUUGAUAGUUGGGGGGUGGUUGAGCAGCGUGUUGGGGAUGCAUUGUUUACCGUCUCUGUGAUUGAGAGGCGGGAGGAGGAUUUUGGGGUUAAUUAUACGUAUUCGCGGGCUGUGAGGGGGGAGGGAGAUGAAGGGUUUAGGCCCGGGAGGGAGGUGGCUGCGGCGGGGGAGAUUCCGGAGCAGGUUUUUGGGGAGGUGGAUUCUUUGAGGGGCGGGUUGGAGGGGGGGUUGAGGGGGGUUUUUGAGACGGGGAGGAUGAAGGGGGAUCGGUUGUUGAGUUGGUUGAUGAGGGUUGUGGAGGUGGAGGAGGGGAGGUUGGUUGAGGCUGCUGAGAAGGGUGUCGUUUUGAUGGGCGAUGCUGUUCAUGCGGAACCUAUUGUCGGUGGAGAGGGGGCGAACGUUGCUAUUGAAGAUGGUAUGAAGCUCGCAGAGUUGCUUGCUGAUGGAGGGACGGCUCAGCUGUCACGAUUUUACAAGGACAGGCAAGAUGGAUGGGCAAGAAGCGUCAAGGAAAGCAAGGCACGCAUAUCUGCCAUGCACGGUGUAACGAAGCCAUCUCUAUGA